AUGAAUCCACCAGAAUUACAGGACAAGCAGAACUUAUGGUCGUUCAAUCACCGUACCCGAGUUCAUUAUACAUUCGACUCCUCCGACUCUGAAUCCGAGGCCGAAACUCGCUGUAACACCAAUCUUCCCUCCGAUGACACCAGACUCAUUCAAGAGCUCGAUAUCUCCUCGCGGAACGAGACUGUGGAGUACAAGCCUAACCCAUGGAGUAUCGCACGUAUCAAUGCUGCUAGUCGUCCCCCGAAUAAGGCACCCCCCAGCCAGGCGAUCUCAGAGAACACACGGCAAAAAUCACAACCACGGGCGCCACAGGGUCGAAUCGUGGAUGCAUUCAAAGUUCAGGCAGAGCGCAAGCCGCCUCGUGAACCGCUUCCUUUGAAGACACUCAAGGUUCCAAAACCCAAGUCGAAAACGCCCCGGGCCUCUCAGGUGGACCAAGUUUGUUCACACAUCCAGGGGAUGAGCAGGGCUGAACUAGGGGGCUACUCGCAGCACAACAAUGUAUCGUUUAGCGCCAGGGAUUCCCAAACUAGACCUUCGGACACACCGGUUAUCUUGUCGUCAAAUGCUCCCCAGGGGGACCUCCAUGAACUGCGAUUCCAGCCUCAUCUGGGUGUCCUGACGCUAUCUUGCAUCCCAGGUAAAACAUCGAUACUCCUCCGAGAUUGCUUCCGUGUAACCAAUUCUCUUCGCAUUCUCGCCGUGGUGAACGUCUUACUGGUAAUCGUUCCGGCGAUGGAGCCAUACCGCACAGGAUCGCCUGCAAUGGUUAAAGCAGAGCCUCCGUCGAUGCCGCAGUGGCUAGCUUCCACUAUUCAUAGCUCCCUCAACUCUCCGCAAACUCAAGCAGAAUUUGUUGAAAGAGCUUCAAGCCCGGUGCGAUACCAUAACGCUCCCGAGUCUAGGAAGCGUCCCUACCAAUCGCCAAUGUCGUCUCCACUGCCCCAACGCGCCCAAAAGUGUACGCCGAAACGUAAUGUUGCGGACUCGUCAAUUUCACGCGGUGUUCACCAUAUUUCUGCAUACGCUUUCGAUGACGAUCCUGACGCUAACUGGAGCACGGUCAUGAAACCCGAGAAGAAAAAGAGCAAGAAGUUCAAGCCCGGUAACGAUCAGUCAUCGAGACCAUUCGGCCUCCGUCUCCCUGGUAUAACUUUCGGGAAUUCAAAGGACCGGGGUACAGGCGUAACACAGCCAGAGAAGAGGCAUGACACUCGGACAAAGAGACGUGUUACCACGUACCUCCCACCGCCACCACCGCAGCGCACCGUAGCACCAAUUGAAAACCCACAAGAACACUACGCCCCCGACGAUGACGCGUUCCCUCCCGGGUUUACGCCGGCUGCUCAGCCACCACAAGAGAGCGGUCGCGUAUCUCCUCUACUACAAACUGACUCUGAUGAUUUGACAUUGGUGGAUGAGGUGGGCGAGCAAGUGAUCACAUUUGAUGUUGGAGAGGUAAAGGAACGGUAUCCCAAAGUUCGCAAACUCAUCAAAGAGCAGACUCGAGUUAUGCUUCCGGAGCUGCUGGGUCUUCCGAGCUGUGGCAUUGUAUGGCGGGACGAUGGUGUUGUAGGCGCGGACGACACUGAGAAUAGAGAAAUGAAGAUAAGUGUUUGGCCUUUCGUCGGAUGA